AUGUACGUGGUGGUCACUGGUGCCUCCUCGGGAAUCGGCAAGGCGUGUGCGUUCGAGCUCGUGCGUCGCGGCUUCAACGUGCUCCUCGUCGCGCGGCGCGCGGCACUGCUCAAGGAGGUGCAGGCGGCGCUCCUUUCGGAGGGUGGCGGCGGAGUGCUUGUGAGUGUGCUGCCACUCGACCUCGCCGACGCCACCCUCGACGCCGGCGAGGCCGUGCUCCGCGCCCUCGCAGAGCGUGGUGCGUACUGCGGGGCUCUGGUGAGCGCAGCGGGAGCCAGUGACCGGCGCGAGUUCGUGGAGUGCAGCCGCGAGGAGCACCGGUGGGCAGCCCGCCUCAACUACACGUCUCACGUCGAGCUCAUACGCACGCUCGCGCCGCCGAUGUGUGCGCGCCGCCAAGGGCGCGUGCUCGUGAUCGGCUCGAUCGUCGGCUCUGCGGGCCAGCCAUUCAACGCAGCUUACAGUGCGAGCAAGGCGGCGCUGUCAAACCUGUGCGACGCGGUGCACUAUGAGCUGGCCCUCAAGGGCGUGGGCGUCACCUGUGCGCUGCCGGGAGCAACCGACACGGGCUUCGCGCAGGCGGGCGGCUCGGAGGACGGCCUCAUAUUCAAACUUCCGACGACGAGCGCCGCACAGGUGGCGGAGCGCGCAGUGCUCGCGAUGCUGCGAGCCGAGCGGCAGGUGGUGAUCGGGCGCGUGUCGACGUUCUUCUACUUGUGCGGCCUGUACUGCCCGGCGCCAGUUUCGCUCGUCGCGGGCGCGCUGUUCUGGAACAGCCCCUCUGGAGCGCUUGCCCACUUCAGGUCGUUCCUGCGCGAUAAAUAA